AUGGUGGAUCGGCUUUCGGGAGUCAGGAGGAAGAGAAUUCUGAAGAUUCAUGAUCCUCGAGAGAGAAAAUAUUUUGCCUCACCACUUGUUUUAUUGGAAGAUGAAGUGGGAGCCCCUGGGAUUGUCAUCGGUGUUUCUGUGAAUGGAAAGGAAGUUUGGUCGGAAGGCCUGGGAUAUGCCGAUGUGGAAAACCGGGUGUUGUGUAAUCCGGAGACAGUCAUGCGUAUUGCCAGUAUCAGCAAAUCCCUUACCGCGACUGCUGUUGCCAAGCUCUGGGAAGCCGGAAAGCUGGAUUUUGAUGCCCCAGUCCAGAAAUACGUCCCGGAAUUUCCUGAAAAGGAAUAUGAAAGAGAGAAAGUGACAAUAACUACCAGACUGUUACUGUCUCAUCUGAGUGGCAUCCGGCAUUACGAGAAGGAUAUUAAAAAGGUGCAGAAGCAAAAAGAAAAGGACAAGAUGCUUGUUAAAGAGGAGGUGGAGUCCAAAGCUUCUGAUCAAGACAGUAAAGAAAAAGGAGACACAGAGAAGCAGAAGGAGACAUUGAAACGGAGGAAGGAGGGUGAACACAACAAACGGCCAAAAUCAGAAAGUGACAGUACUGAAAACUCAGGGCGAAACAACAAAACCAUCCAAAUUAAGGCAGAUUCUGUCUACAACGAAUUCUAUAUCAAGGAGAAGUUUGACAGUGUUUUUAAGUCACUGGAGCUCUUCGAGAAUGAUCCCUUGAUGUUCAAACCUGGAAGCCAGUUCUUGUAUUCGACGCACGCCUGGACCCUCCUCAGCGCUGUGGUGGAAAGGGCUGCUGAGCAGGAUUUCUUACAACUCAUGAAGAAGCUGUUUUUGGAUCUUGACAUGCUUCAGACAGUGCCAGAUGAACACGAGCCAAUCAUAUACAACCGAGCAAGGCACUAUGUUUACAAUAAGAAGGGGCGUCUGGUGAACUGCCCAUACGUGGACUGCUCCUACAAGUGGGCAGGAGGUGGAUUCCUCUCCACGGUGCAUGACCUGCUGAGGUUCGGCAAUGCCAUGCUGUACAGCUACCAGGUGGAGGCGCCGGAGGGCCGAGAGCAGACCCAGCUCCCAGGCUACCUCAGACCGGCCACGGUGAGCAUGAUCUGGAGCCCGGUGCAGAACACGGAGCUGAGCUGGGACCGAGAGGGCCGUUACGCCAUGGGCUGGGGGGUUGUGGAGCAGAGUCAGGAGUAUGGGCAGGGUCGAUACCGCAGGCACUACCUCAGCCACACCGGGGGGGCAGUGGGAGUUAGCAGCGUUCUGCUGCUCCUCCCUGGUGACCCUCGGGGCAGACCGGUGGGGAGCCCUCCCCAGGGGGUGGUGGUCUCCAUUCUCUGUAACCUGCAGUCCGUCAACCUCAACUCCACCGCUCUGAAAAUCGCCUUGGAGUUCGACAAGGUCCGAGCAGGUGAGCCUCCCUCUGCGAUCUCUGACCCGACCUCCCAAUACUAGCCGGCUGACCAAGCAAAGGCCUCGCAACCGCUGAAACACACCUCCACCUCCAGCUGAAGGGACAGAGACAGUGGUGCUUUGAAAAUGGUCAGACAGGACCUCCGUUUCAGCUCAGCAAGACGUGUCCACAUUUGCCAGUUUUACUGCUUUCUCCUGGGUCUACCUCCAACGAUAGAGGAGAGACUCAAGUCAGCACUGAUUCCUAGGUUGGACAGGCAGGAGGCUGGAAGAACACGGCAAGCCAAGCAGCACCAGGAGGUGGCGAAGUCGGUGUUUCGGGUGUAACCCUUCCUCAGGACUGAUUCCUAGGUUGCCAACUCUAAUUGGUCUCUGACCUAGAGGCAAAAACUAGGCACUCUGUCACCUCCAGCCGGUCGUUUUACUCCCUUUUUUUAUAAUUCAAUCAUUCUGCAUAUCCUUUUCUACUGAAGAUUUUUAUUUAAGGCUGUUUAGGGUCACCGUCUCAUACAGCGCAAGAACAGACCUCUUUGUCCAACUCGUCCAUGCGGACCAGACUGAGAUGAAUUCUCAUCCCCCAGAGAGUGGUGAACUAGUGGAAAUUCUCCCCCUCCAAAAGGGGUUGAGGUUAAAACGUUGAAUGUUUUCAAGGAGGAGUUAACUAAGUCAUAGAGAUGUACAGCACGGAAACAGACCCUUCGGUCCAACCCG